AUGUCAACUCUUUUUCCCCUUCGACAGGAUGGUAUUCUGCAUCUAAUGAGGCAAUUUUCUGUUGGUGACACUGCAGGCAACCGUACGAUUGAUGGGGGAUGGACACCGGCACAAGGGGGAUCUACAGAGAAAUCAUUGCUAGAAGCAGCUCAUGAUAGGGAGAAAGAGUUGCUUCAUGAAAUAACCGACUUGCAGUGCAGGCUUAUACGAACACAGGAAGAGCUCCAAAAGUAUAAAACAGAUAAUGCUCAGAGCAAAUCUCAAAAAGCUGACGAGCUACAAGGAUGA